AUGAUCAAUAUCAAGGUGGUUGAAAAUAUCAAAUUCAUUUCAUUAAACAAGUUGGGUGUUGAAACCCUCAAAGAAUACGUCUGUCUUCAACUCCCAAAACCCUCAACCUUUUCACAGCGGCUGAACCCCCUGCCGCAUAAUUCUCUAAUUCUCGUCGAUCGCAUUAAAUCCCGUGCAGGAUGCAAACGAACAAAGGAACAAGUUCCAUGGAAGUAG